AUGGCAGUGGAUCGGCAGUUAAAGACCCGUGCUCCCGCCAAGUUUGGUAUCAAAACCUAUAGCAGUCCACUAUCUCAAUCUGCGAUCAUGUCCGUCAGAGAAUCCAUGAGUGCGGUGUUCGAAUCUCUUCAAGAGCCCUAUCAGACUAUUGAGGACCGGAGAACAUUGCACAAGAAGUAUCAGUCUGCUAUACGUAGGUUGCGAGAUGAGCUGUCCCAUUCUUCCUCGCGCGACCCGCCUCUCGAGUCUGUCUGGCUAUUUGCGAUGUAUGAGAUGACUGUCAACAUCGACCAAAGCGAUCGGACGUGGCUCACGCAUCUAGAAGGGUUUUUUGCAUUGCUACAGGAGCCACACAACGACGCCUUCAAGCAUUUGAUGUUUUACAAAGCAUUACAGUAUCUGACUAAAUCAAACGAUCACAAUAAGGAUGGGCGAGAGAGUGACAUAAUUGAGACCGAACGAACCCCCUUCACAAUAGAUCUGUCCAAGCUGCGACUAAGGACUUAUGUCUUUGAAAUGGAAGAGCUGCUACACAGUGCGGAGCACCCACGACAAAUUGAUAUACAGCGGAUCCGAGGCAACGUAAAGCGGGUGUAUCGAGAUUUGGCAGUGGUUUCCGCUCAUGCUGAGGCCGGCAACGCCAAGGUCCUAUUACAGAUUGACCAGCUGCUGAAUCCGAAUGGCGUUGCGCGACCAACACGACAUUCCAAUAAGCUACCUCAUGAGGCCUUGAUGGCAGCUGAGAGCAUCUAUAGAUCAACUAUGACAUUGCUUCCGAAUACAGAAGCACCAUCAGUUCCACUUUCAAUGAGUCUCGACACUGGUGGGUUUGGGUUGAGUCAGCUCAUCACUGUUAUCUGGCCACUAUAUUGUGCUUCGACUGCCCCUGGUAUGACGACAUUCCGGAGGGAGGAGAUGAGACAGACCCUUCGGCAUAUCGGUGUUGUCGCACGCAUUCCCAAAGCCAUGGCAUUGGACAAAGAAUACAUCUGGGUAUUUCCACACAGAGAAGCAGUUGCUAGAGUCGAUUACAGUCAUGCCGGCGUCGAAAUAUACGGUGUACCUCGUCUUAGCGUUCUCCUGUUACAUCCUCAGCUCAAGGCGGAGUAUCUUCAGAUGUGCUCGAGGAACCUAUCGGCAAGGUUCACUUUUGGAUUCAAGUCACUAGCGGAAGAUCUUGGUCCUUUGGAACUACCCGGCAAUAUCCUGCAAGACCUCAGUCACGCGACCCUUGUCAUGGACUAUAGCCCGAGAGAUAUCCCUUUUGACACCUCGAGCGACGUUGCCGACAUAUGGUCUUCUAUACAGUAUGGAGUUGACGCGCUUUCGUUGAAAGCGCCCAACCUGUCUACACUACGCGUCACAUACAUAACGGACGCGAAGUGCUUUCCCGAUGGUGGCUUGGAGGACGUCGAUGUUCAUAACUUUCUUCCUGAUCCGCCCGCACAUGUCUUGACGCUACCGCUCGCACAAAAAGGUACAUACGCACCUUCCCCUCAAGUCAUAUUGGUUUGA